AUGGCUCCUCAGAUUGAGAGCAACAACGAUUUGGAUAAAAUUCUGAGAGAAAAUUUUACCAGCGAGUUUCGCAAAGGGUACAUCACUGUAACAAAUGUUUGCUUGCCGAGUAGAUACGACGAAUUCGCAGAAGUAAUCGAGAAUUUCGAAGUGAGGGACGACGAUGUUUGGGUCUGCAGUUUUCCCAAAACUGGAACAACGUGGACUCAGGAAAUGAUCUGGUGCAUCGCGAACGAUCUAGACUUCGAGGGAGCAAAAGUCAGGCUCGCUGAAAGAUUUCCUUUUCUAGAGUAUUCCGUGCUGUUUGAUUACACUACCAUUCUACCGCGCUAUCCGGAAAUGAAACUUCCUCAGUUAGUCUUGGACAGCGUGGAAUAUACGAAAAAUCGAGCCAGUCCAAGAUUUAUCAAGACUCAUUUGCCUUUCACGUUACUUCCACGUCAGCUUCGAACGGGCGAGAAGAAACCAAAGAUCGUUUACGUCGCCAGAAACCCGAAAGACACUUGCGUCUCUUAUUAUUACCACUGUAGAUUGAUGGAGGGUUAUCGUGGCGAUUUCAAUAAUUUCUCUCGUCUCUUCUUGGGUGAAAAACUGAGUUUUGCUCCUUACUGGGACCACGUCCUCGAUUUCUGGAACCGAAGGACCGAUUCCAAUGUUUUAUUUCUGAAAUACGAGGACAUGAAAGCUAAUCUCUCCACGGUGAUAGAGAAAUCGAGCGCGUUCUUCUCUAAAAUCAUGUCUAGCGACGAAACGAAGGCGUUGACGCAACACUUGAGUUUCGCCAACAUGAAAUCCAAUCCAGCCGUGAACUACGAGGAUCAUAUUAAAAUGAACAGACAGAUGAAAUCGAUCAACGUCGACGGUGAAUUUAUUCGAAGCGGUAAAGUCGAUCAGUGGAGAGAAGAAAUGUCCGAAAGUGUGAUCGAACGAUUCGACAACCUGACGAAGGACAAGUUCUCCUCGCAAAAUCUUUUUUUCUGA